AUGUCAAGCUUUCUUGCCGGUUUCCGUCAACAAAUCCCAAGAAUUAUUGGUGAACUAUGUGCAGAAGUUGAGAUUGCUCCGAGCCAGCUAACACUUCCAUCAUGGGGUCUUAUGAACGCGAUUCAAGUCCUCUCUGACCUCUCUGGUAUCUUUGUUACUGGCCUCAUGGUGGCAGGGGCGUUUAGGGUUGAAGAAACAGCCUUCAAUUCAAGGCGAUUCGAACUCCUUCCCCGGAGCGGUGCUAGAUCUCCGGUGCUUAUCCCUGAUUGGUUGAAUCCAUCUGAAGAAGGCGGACACUAUAUCUAUGUACUUCAUCGUGGUCCUCUUGCUAUUUCUCGCUCAUGGUCUCCUCCGGGUUUUGUCCCACCGGUUCGACAUUCGUAUCCAGUUUUUCCAGAUGUGUUGUUUGAUUUGGAUCGUCGUCUCCGAGAUCCUCGUUUCCUGCUAAGUACCGAGUGCAUCUAUGAUAGUUCGCUUGUUGCAUCGUUUUAUCAUCCUUUCGAGUUCGUGG